GUGUUGUUUUUUUUUUUUGUUUUUUUUUUGUUGACUUCCAGUUCUGCUUUGCCGAAGUGUUGAUUUAAAACGAGACAGCGUAAACAUUUGAGCGGUAACUGCUGUCUAGGUUAAUGGAGAUAACUGAGGACCACUGGGACGUGUUUCAGUAAUUAAAGGUUUGAACUCUUACUCAGCGAGAAGCACCUGUUGAGAAUGGCCAACGACAGGGAUGCCAAUGAGAGCACCCCUCUUUUGGACUCAGACUCUGGGAACAGACCUCCACCACCGUCAGUUUUCCAGGGAAGGAGACUGGCAUGUGCAGCCAUCCUGCUGGCUGAAUCAUUAGAAAGGAUUGCGUUCUACGGCAUCACAUCCAAUCUUGUCCUUUUUCUCAAUGGUAGCCCCUUUUAUUGGGAGGGCACUCAGGCGAGUCAGGCGCCUCUGAUGUUCAUGGGAGUUACUUACCUGAUUUCGCCCUUCGGAGGUUGGCUGGCGGACGCAUACCUUGGGAAAUUCUGGACAAUUGCUUCAAGUUUGAUCCUGUAUUUUCUUGGCAUGCUAUUUUUCCCUUUCAUUUCAAAUGAAGGCACCAGGAUACAGCUAUGUGGAGAAGAGGUGGCGUUUCCGGUGCAACCUGCGGAGUGUCUGAGCACUAACAGUACCCCACCGAGCAAUGUAACCUGCCCCAUUCGUGCCCCAUAUUGUGGCCCAGUAGUCUACAGCGGGCUGUUUUUAAUUGCAUUAGGUGUGGGGACUGUGAAGUCCAACAUCACUCCCUUUGGGGCAGAUCAGGUGAAAGACAGAGGACCAGAAGCCACGCGUAGAUUCUUCAACUGGUUCUACUGGUGCAUCAACUUAGGAGCCAUCCUGUCUCUGGGAGGUGUGGCCUACAUCCAGCAGAACCUCAGCUUUGAGCUCGGCUACAUCAUUCCCACCGUGUGCCUCGGCAUCUCCUUCCUGGUCUUUCUCCUGGGCCGCACCGUCUUCAUCAGCAAGCCCGCUGACGGCAGCGCCUUCACAGAUAUGUUCAAGAUCCUGGGCUUCGCCUGCUGCUCCAAGAAACCGAAGGAGCCCAACCUGCUCCGCAACAAACCAACACUACUAGACAGCGCCAAAGUGACCUAUGGUGGAAAGUUUUCAGAGGAGAAAGUAGAUGAGGUGAAAUCCCUGGUGAAAAUCCUCCCUGUGUUCUUUGCCCUCAUCCCGUACUGGACUGUGUACUUCCAGAUGCAGACAACCUACAUCCUGCAGGGCCUCCAUUUGAGGAUUCCUGAUAGUGCCUCAAACAGCUCUGCUGACCCCCACCAGAUGACGUUCCGCUUCCCGGCUGCCUGGCUCACCAUGUUUGACGCAGUGCUCAUCCUUAUGCUGAUUCCCCUUAAGGACAAAGUGGUGGACCCCAUCCUGAAACGCCGCGGCCUGCUGCCUUCCUCCUUGAAGAGGAUUGCAGUGGGGAUGUUCUUUGUUAUGUGGUCGGCCGUGGCAGCCGGUAUUUUGGAGACAAAACGCCUGGACAUCGUCAGAUCAAAUGGUACCAUUGACCAGGUGCUUGGCAACGUUAUCUACUACGCGGCAGAUUUGCCCAUAUGGUGGCAAGUGCCUCAGUAUGUGCUGAUAGGAAUCAGCGAAAUCUUUGCCAGCAUUGCAGGUCUGGAGUUUGCCUAUUCUGCGGCCCCGAAGUCCAUGCAGAGCGCCAUCAUGGGGCUCUUCUUUUUCUUCUCUGGAGUCGGCUCCUUCGUGGGCUCCGGUUUGCUGGCUAUCGUCUCCCUCCCUCAGAUUGGCUGGAUGUCAUCCCACAGAGACUUUGGAAACAUCAACGACUGCUCUCUGCACUACUACUUCUUCCUCCUGGCAGGGAUCCAGGGCGUCACCUUGCUGGUCUUCCUUAUCAUCUCAGUCAAGUAUGACAAGCAGAGGAGCAGAGCAGGAAGCCAAAGGCAGAGACAGACCUCCUCUUGACCCCCCACACACGUCCCCAUUUCCCCCCCCCCACCGUACCUGCCUUUUCCGGUCCUAUCGCUCAGUGCCCAAAGACCCUGUCGAAUCACUCACUAAUCAAAUCCUACAAAGGUUCGGUUUACCUCUUCAGGUCACAAAUUACCUGUACCUGUCGUGACUAUAUAUUUCUUAUUUAUGUUUAUUUGAGCUUUUAAGUGGGGACUACUUUUUCUAUAACAAUAAUGGUUUUACAUCGCUGUAUGAAUGCACAGGCACCACUCAGUAUUGAGAUUAACGCAGGAGCCAUGUUUGAAUCAUUUCCGCUGCGCUCCUUCACUCCUGUGUGUUUACUCUUGUUGCCUUUUUUGAUCAUUUGCACUUGACUUGAGGAGUGGCGCCAUAAAACAUAUCUAAAUAUUUUCUAAUCAUGAAGGAUACUGAGUUGUUUUUAUAGUUAGAUUUUUACUUCUUCUUAUUUUUGGACUAACGAUUUUACUGACCCUGGUAUGAUACAUUAGUAUUUAGCCAAAUUGACCGUUUUAAAUUAAUUCUAGACUUACAUCCCAGACUAAAACUGGGAUAUUUCUGCAUUAAGAGUACUUGAAUGUUAGCAUUAUUUCUUGAUUACAAUUACUCAUGUUGGGCUUCAAAUAUCUGUGCAGUAACGUAGUUGUAGUCGCAUGGAAUGGGACGUUUGUUUUAAUGCAUUUAUUGCUGUUAAUGUUGAGACAGAAUUUGUUAGAGAUUAAACUCUUAUUUAACUCAUCUAAUAUUCAAAUCUAAUAUUGAGAGAAAAAAAACUUCAAAAAUUUGAACAAAAAUAAGUUUUAAUAAGCUUUGUAAAAAACAGUGAAAAGUUGUGGCUUCAGUCUUUGCUUGUGAUGUUUUUGAUUUUCUGAUUCUUAGUCAGAGGCUAAAUUGAAACAUGGCCAUUAGUGUUACAAACGUACAGAAAGGAAAUGCACACGCGUUCAUUUUCCUGAUUUCAUUGGUUGUUUUCCCAGAAUCAAAUGAUGUCUCUGGAACAUAGGCAGUUUCGAAAGGAAAGGGAAGUUAAGUACUUCAGGGGCUGCGGUUUGGCUCAGCGCGUCCACACCUCAUUGGCCCGCAAAUGAUUGUGCCGGAGCCAGCAUCGAGCAGAGGAAACGUCAAGUGUGAACACUUGCUCCUGCGAUGAGUUCACUGCUUUGUAGUGAAUGAUUAGUUUGGGCUGAGGGAUACACGCUGCGGAGAGGAGGCGGCUACCAGCGGAGAGGUACUCGCUCUCGCAGCUUUGAGUCCUUUUGAGAGUGAUGCUGAGGCAUAAAUCCUCAAACAGCUCCAUACAUGAAUAAGUCCUCAUGUCGAAAAUACUCCCAUGAAGCUUCACAGCAGUUUGUAAAUUCUGGUCAAGCUGCAAAACUGCAUGUCCGCACGACAAACAACUAAUUAAGAAACUAACCUUAAAGCUUAACAGGCAACCUUGAGCAGAGCCCUUAAAAUAUCUUCUAAAUUAAUGCUGGGAUUGUGAUGGAAAGGAGUACAGACAAAUUAAAAAUGCAACCUAUUCACACUGACGUAUUCAGAUUUAGAAUUUCAUAGCAAAAUAAAUCACAACUUUCCCAGUAUUUGUUGUGAGGAACUUUCUACAGUGUUAUCAUGGCUUUGCAGCUUUGCCAGAAAAUGUCUUUUUCUUGUAUUUAUUAGACUGUGAUGCAUUUGUUUUAGCUUUAUACUGCAAAGAGAAAUUCGUGUGUGUGUGUGUGCGCGUGUGUGUUUCUUCAAUUCUUAAAAGGUACAGCACAAGGUACUGAAUUUUAUCAAAGCAAGAAAACUCAGGGCUCGAGCGAUAGUGUCGAGUGACAAAAAUUCUCCAGGAAAUGUAAAACUGCCUUUGGGAGCUUAGAACAGUGUUUACCCUGUGGUGUCAAUAAAGUUACAUUUGUAACAGCACAUAAAAAGCAAGAAGCUAUCUCAGUACAGACGGUAUGUGACGCCUGUUUCUUUUUUUGUGAUCUUUCGUUUGUGUUUCAUUGAUCGGAUAAAUGGAUGUUCCUUGUUUUAUUGCAUAUUUUAUAUACACUUGCUUUGUCAUCUCAGCCCUCUUAAAAUAAGUUUUAUUAUGUUUAUUUUGGAAUUAUACUCUGUUUUCAUAAUGCUGUAGAACUGGAAUAUUGUUUUGUGGUUAUGUUUGUGGCCAUUAAAGUAUAUUAAAUUGA